CCCCUCCGGCUUCUCCAAGACGAGGAGGCAGGAUGUUUUUAUUCCCUACGGGGCCAUUCUCCCUGGCUUUCUCCCGGGAGCCGGGCACAGCCGGCAGCCCCGGGGGAGCGGAGUUUGGGGGCGAGGGCUGGCGGAGCUGAUGUCAGCGCCGGGCGGCGGGAGCGAUUGGGCUGCGGGAGACUUUGCAGCAGCAAAUCCGCCCCCCUCGCCCCCCCCUCCCACCCCCGCACCAUCGGCUUCAAAGCGGCCGGUGCCCGGCAACUCGCAGAGGUGCAAAAAGUGGGCGCGGGGCCGGCAGAGCCGCGGCGGCGCCCCCGGGCAUCGCCCCGGCCGGGCCCGGCACGUCGGGGCGGAGGCGCGACCCCUGCGCGGCGGCAGCGCCGAGGAGCCCGGGCACAGCCCCGGCACAGCCCCGCCGGGCCGACCCACCGCCCUAUAAAAGCCGCCUCCAGAGCGAGGAGAAACUCCGCGGGAGGAGAGCACGUUGGCGCGGUGCUGCUCGCUGAGGUACCGGCAUGACAUCCGUCCUGGGCAGCGGCAGGGCGUCGGGAGGGCCGAGCGGGCAGCUGAGAUGCAAGUCCAAGAGAAGGAGGAGGAGGAGAUCAAAGAGGAAAGAAAAACUAAGCAUACUGUCAACCUUCAUAGCACCCUUCAAGUACCUGAGCCCUGGCCCGACCACCAUGGAGGAUGAAGACAAUUUAAGUACCAGCAGUGCAGAAGUAAAGGAAAAUCGAAACAUUGGCAACCUGGAGGAUCAUCCAAUAGCAUCUACUGAUAGGGCAAGAGGGGGAACAACUAGCAGUAAGAGGAAAAGACCCUUAGAGGAAGGCAAUAAUGGCCAUUUCUGCAAACUUCAGCUUAUCUGGAAGAAAGUUUCAUGGUCAGUGACGCCAAAGAACGCUCUGGUUCAGCUACACGAACUCAAACCAGGAUUACAAUAUAAAAUGGUGUCCCAAACAGGUCCAGUGCAUGCUCCAGUCUUUGCUGUUGCUGUGGAGGUAAACGGACUUACAUUUGAAGGCACAGGCCCCACAAAAAAGAAAGCCAAAAUGCGGGCCGCAGAGCUAGCUCUGAAGUCAUUCGUUCAGUUCCCCAACGCCUGCCAAGCCCACUUUGCCAUGGGAAACUGCAUCAGCCCAUCCACGGACUUCACUUCCGACCAGGCAGACUUCCCAGACACUCUGUUCAAGGAGUUCGAACCAUCCACACACAGCGAGGACUUCUCGGUCUACAAGCCCGUCAACAACGAGCUGCUCUCCACCGCCUACCGGCACGGGCGGCUGCUGUGCCACACGCUGGACCUGGUGGGCCACGCCAAGCCGGGCAAGCACAGGCUGGCCAAGGCGGAGAGCGAGAAGAACCCAGUGGUGCUGCUCAACGAGCUGCGCUCCGGCCUGCGCUACGUCUGCCUCUCGGAGACGGUGGAGAAGCAGCACAUCAAGAGCUUUGUGAUGGCCGUGCGAGUGGACGGCAGAACGUUUGAAGGCUCAGGACGCAGCAAGAAGCUGGCCAAGGGGCAAGCGGCUCAGGCGGCCUUGCAGGCCCUCUUUAACAUUCGUCUGCCCAGCCACAUUCCCAGCAGGAGUAAAUGUCACCAUUUGCCACAGGAUUUUGCUGACUCCAUAUACCAAAUGGUUGCACAGAAGUUCCAGGAGCUGACAGACAAUUUCACUUCCAUGCAUGCACGCCACAAAACUCUUGCAGGCAUUGUGAUGACCAAAGGUUUGGACAUCAGGCAAGCUCAGGUUGUUGUGCUGUCAUCGGGUACCAAAUGUAUAAAUGGGGAAUACAUAAAUGACCAAGGGCUUGCGGUCAACGACUGCCAUGCAGAAAUUGUGGCAAGAAGGGCAUUUGUUCACUUCCUCUACUCACAGCUGGAGCUACACUUAAGCAAACGGCGAGAAGACUGGGAGCGAUCAAUCUUCGUGCGAUUAAAAGAAGGAGGCUACAGGCUGCGGGAGAACAUCCUGUUCCAUCUGUACGUGAGCACCUCACCCUGCGGAGACGCGCGCCUUAACUCCCCCUACGAAAUCACAACCGACUUGAACAGCAGCAAGCACAUAGUGAGGAAAUACCGCGGUCACCUGCGGACAAAGAUCGAGUCUGGCGAAGGCACCAUCCCGGUGCGGUGCCACAACGCAGCGCAGACGUGGGACGGCGUGCUGCUGGGAGAGCAGCUCAUCACCAUGUCCUGCACCGACAAAAUCGCCAGGUGGAACAUCCUUGGGCUGCAAGGCGCUCUGCUCAGCUCCUUCAUUGAACCCCUGUACCUGCACAGCAUCGUGGUGGGAAGCCUGUGCCACACUGGCCACCUCUCCCGGGUGAUGAGCCACAGGAUAGAAGACAUUGGUCAGCUGCCAGCUUCCUACCGGCGCAAUCAGCUGCUCCUCAGUGGGGUGAGCCACGCUGACGCUCGGCAGCCCGGAAAAUCUCCUGGCUUCAGCGUGAACUGGAUGGCGGGGAGCGCGGAGCUGGAGGUGAUCAACGCCACCACGGGCAAGAGGAGCUGCGGGGGCCCCUCGCGGCUCUGCAAGCACAUGUUCUUCACCCGCUGGGCCAAGCUGCACGGCAAGCUGAGCACACGAGUACCAAGCCAUGGAGAGAUGCCAUCAGUGUACAGCGAGGCAAAGCUGGUGGCUCAGACGUACCAGUCUGUUAAGCAGCAGCUGUUUAAAGCAUUUCAGAAAGCUGGCCUGGGAACCUGGGUGAAGAAACCCCCAGAGCAAGAUCAGUUCCUACUAACUGUGUAAAUCACUCCACACCUUUUCUACACCACGGGAUCAAACCAACUGGAGAGAAGGCAAGGCAGGACGAAUGAGCAGACAGAAUUGAAGCAGUUUGAGAUUUAAUAGCAACCUCCAUGGGAAUAUUUGCUUUUAAUCCUGUAUUGGAAAUACAUAAGUAGAAAUGUGUCUGAUGCACUGAACUCAACUUUAGAAAACUGCUUUUUCAUGAUACCUUCCCAAGAAUGUACCUGCCCAAAUUAUAAUGCCACCCCCACCAAGAUUCUGCUUUUUAUUGUUUAUUGCUGUUGGUUAUUACUGAUUUGAGGUGUUAGUGGGCCACCUGUCUGAUCCAAAAUAGACCUUUGUUUUCCCUCACACAAUCAGUGCAAAAGUCAUCACUGAAUAAUGGAAAAUAGUGAGCAGAGAUGGAAGUACCCCAGGCACACAGCAUGACAGCAGGUCUCAGAGCAUCCAUAAUCAUCCACAAAAAAAGGUUCCUAACCUCUAUGCAAAAAUCAUCCUGUAAACUGCCUAAAUCUGUGACAAAAAAUUUGGACCUCAAAGAAAUGCAGCAUUUUUAAACUGAUUUUUCCACUGCUGGCUCUGAGCACAAAGCCAGCCAUCAGGAUGCCCUUGGAUUUUACACUUAUUCCCUCUGACACCUUGGACAAACCACUUCACAACAAAUCAACUCUAGUCACAAUUUGCAUGCUGCAAAUUUUACUUGUCUGGCCCAGUUAAUCCCACAUUUCAGACACCAGCCAGGAUGCAGAUCCUUGUCAAGGCGGGUGUGCUGCCUGCAGGGGUGCACAGCUCUGCAGGGGCUGCCAGUGAGGAGCAGUGUGUCCAUGCUCCUGGCUCUGGAUCUUCAGGAAGGUACCUAAAGUCAGGCAGGCUGCAGCAGGACCCAGAGCCUCAGAUCUCCAAUCUCCUGAUGAUCCAGAGCUCUGAAUUAAGUGGGCAUGACCUCAGGAUGCUCCAUGCAUCUGAGCAAUCACCAGGCUGGGCACCCACAGGUAAGACAACCCCAAACAAGAGAGCACAUUUGUUACUUGGCUCUUCCCUGCCUCAGUUUCUCCACCUGUCAAAUGGGAAUAACAAUAACUGGUUCACAUCUAAGGAACUUGGCAGGAUCAAAAUGCUCUGGUCACAUGCAACAGUGUAAGACAGAUUUUGUCACUCUUGCAGUGAGUUUUACCUCUCCACACAGCCCAAUUGACAUAAGCACAGCAGAGGCAACCACAGGUGUGGGUAAGGUCUUACUCAAUGCAUGAGCUUUCAGAUUCUAGCCCUGUGUAAAUGCCAAGUGUUAUUAUUACUCUUCAUGCUCAUCAAAAGCAGAUGGGGUUUUUCACUUAGGAGACAAGUAUCACCCAACAUUUAAAUAUUUUCUUCAUAACUGGGCUGGGUUUGAUACAAUCUCAUCUUUGAACCAUCCCAAACCUCAUCAGAAUGCAGAAGAUACUGUCAUGGGAGAACUGAGCUUUGAUAGUCCCAACCUUCAAACGCCCUGCACAUUUCUCUAAGUUCCUGGGUUUUUAGAUGACAGGAUUUGCGGGUAUAUAACUACUGUUUUCUUUUUAUUCCUGUGAUUGUCUUUAAAUCUGUAUAUAACAUGCUGCUACUGAUUUGUGAUAAUUGUCUUGGUAUUUUCUCAGAACUGUCAAGCUGAGUUACUUUUCAAACAACACAAGGCUCAUAUUUUUCCAUGUAAUUUCCUUUACACGGGAAACUGUUCCUAUCAAUAAAGAUAGAUGCUCUUUGUAUAGGGUUUGGAGAGCCAUAUACAGUAAAUACAUUGUUUAUUGAUGCCCACAAUAGAAUAGCUACAGUAUUUUGAUGAGAUUUUAUUUUUAGAUUAUAAACUACAAGAUGUAUCUAUAGUGUCUUGUAUAAAAACAAUUGUGAUAAACUAGAAUUUUUAAAUUAGGUAAAACAAAGCUCUCCCCUUCCAGAAACCUUUUCAACAAAAUAAUACAUUCCAUAUUAACUACCAAAAAUAUUUUAAAAAAUAUCCUUAGAGUAGAAAUAGCUUAAAAAAAAAAAAAAAGACAACCAAAAACUGAGUCUUUUCAAUAAUGGAAACACUUUGUGGUAACCACUUUGUCAAUACUUUGACCACUUUGACAGCUCUUCUGAUUAACAUUUGAAUACUUUUGGCACCUUCUGGAGCUUCCAGGUACCUGCACAUGGUCCUGUCCUCUAACACAGCUGUUGCUGCAGACCUCCAGUGUGAUUUGGGCAGCAGAUGUGCCCGAGGGGCAGCGGGCAGGGGCCAGCCCACAGCUGGAGGUGUGGGAGAGGCUGCAGGGGACAUUGGCAGUGGUGGCCCCGGGGCUCUGGCUGCUCCCACUGAGGAAGAAAAACUACAGGGCAGCCAGAGAGGAAGACAAGGUUUCUCAUGCAGAGACCCACAGGGCAGGGGGGAGCAUGUCUGCUGCUUUUCCUCUCUGACACAUGAGACCUCAAUGGCUCUUCCUUACAGCUCCCUGCCCUCACCCAUCCUCCUCCACCCAUGGCAUGAAUUCAACCCAACUAAAUCAUCAUAGUUCCACCAGGCUGGUGCUGCAGCUACUGUGACAACCAAGCACCACGCCUGGUUAUUUUUAAGGACAUAGAAAAAGCGUGGCAGGAUGGAAUGAUCCUUUGUUGCAGGAAAUACAUAAAUGCAACCCUGGAUUCAGCUGCCAAAAUGAGUUUAGUAGUGGGGACCAAACUGAGUCCCCACUGCAAGUGGGCAUCAACUGAUCUCAGUGGAGUUGCACCUGCUGGCACUAGGGUUGAGUAUGACCUUAAAUAUCUACUUUUUCUCAUUAUGUGCAACAACAGUGUGAUGGGACCCCAUCCCAGAAGCACACAUGACCUACACACAGCAUUUCCUGAAGCAAAGGAAAAAUUGCUCAGUAGUAAUUCUUUAGUGAAGAUUCUGUACAUAACAUGCAUGAGUGAAUGGCAAUACUGUACUAAUGGAUGUACAUUUGUAAUAUUUGUAAAAAAAAAAGAAACAAAAAAGACUACAAAAGAAAAUAAAUCUGAAUUUACAUAUGUGAAUUUGCUGCUAAGUUCUGUAAAUUGCACUUCAGUGAUACCUGAUAAGUGAAUGUUUCUGUUAAGUGAAUAAAAUGCCAAGUAAAAUUGUU